AUGCUAACCACCAAACGAAUCGGUCCUGUCAUCACAGACAACCCCAAAGGCCUCGUCCUCACCCUAAACCUCACACAACCCUUCAGCCUCUCCCAAAACCUCACCCAACUCUUCAACACCCUCCCCAAAGCUUCCACAUCCGCCUCCACCCCCAACUACGUCGACGGCGACCUCCUCGGCAACGACGCCCAAUUCUUCACAUACGGCGGGCUCACCACCAAAUCCGAUGCCUUCCCGGACCCGGACGCUGAUGACGUCCUCGAGUACCAGGCCUACCCUUACAACAGCAACGACGCUCCCUCCUUCACCGCAGGAUUCAUCAAUGAGAAGCUCCCCGAUGAUGUGACGAGGUAUCUUGCCUACGGUGCGGGCGUGAGCGCGCCGUCGGAAAACAAGGCGUGGUACUUCUCCGGGCUACGCUCACCUUCCUCGGGUGUCAUAUAUGGGUCAUUCUCUAUUGAGGCGGCUGUUCCUAGUAACAUCUCGGAUACGUUGGUUACUUUGACGUUUGAUCACCAGGCGCAGAAUAUCGAAAAGUGGGAGAAUACUACGCUGCCUGACUCAGUGGCCGGGAGAGCGAGUGCGUCGGGAGUGUUUGUGCCUGUUGGGAAGAAUGGUAUUUUGGUUUUUGUUGGAGGCGUCACGUUUCCCGAGUUUGCUUCGAGGAGGCACAAGUCUGAGAAUCCGGCUGCACUGACUUCUGAGAGCCAAGCUUUCAUCAAAACUAUCGACAUCUACGACAUCGGAAGCAACAAAUGGUACAAACAAGAAACCUCCUCCUCACAAAUCCCCCCAGUAACGGCCCAAGGCUGCGCCGUCGUCCAAAAAGCCAAAGACCUCUCCAGCUUCAACAUCUACUACUACGGUGGCUACACGGCCGAAGACCAAGUGAACAACUUCAGCGACGACGUCUGGAUCCUCUCCCUCCCCAGCUUCAAAUGGAUCAAGGCCAAGGCGGGCACGGAAGCCCACGCCCGCGCCGGCCAUAGAUGCGUCGCUCCGUAUCCGGACCAGAUGAUGGUUUUCGGGGGGUUCACGCCGAAGCCUGGCACAGCGAGGGAUUGCCUCCAGGGCGGCGUUAUCCAGCUGUUUAACUUGACGAGCUUGGAGUGGUUGGACUCGUAUAGUCCGGCGACCUUUGGGGAGUACGGAGUCCCUGAGGUGGUGCAGAAGGAGAUUGGGGGAAACUUCCAGGGCGGAGCCACUGCCAAGAGUCCUGCUGCGUCCGGAGGCUGGGGAGACGAAGGCCUCAAGAGUCUCUUUGAGACUGCUUACCCUACUGAGCGGAUCAAGACUUGGUAUCCGUACGCGCUUGUCGAGCCGUCGUCGCGGCCGGGUGUCGGCAUAGGAGACGGUAGUGGCGGCGGCAAGCGCGGGGGUGGGCUGCCGGGAUGGGUGGCCCCUACCCUCGGAGCUGUUCUUGGGUUGAUAGCCGUGGUUGUUGUUGCUAUUGGCAUUAUCAUUUGGAGGAGGCGUAAGAUUCUUCGGGCUGGGUCGAGAUCUGGAUCGGUGGUUGGGUCGGGAAAAAAAUGGUAUGGGUUUGAGAAGUACCGGAGGCCUUCAUAA